CUAUCGUACAUCAUGUGACUAAGUUCCCGGUAUAAGGAAGUAAAUUUAGUGUUCAUUCACAAAAUAUCACCCUUCAUAUUUUAUUUAAAUUUAAAAAGAAGGUUAAAGUCUUGAUCAGAAGAUUUAGUUUUCAGGAUUUGGAUUAUUUGAUAGAUUUUACUUUAAUUUGAAGUAAGAUGUCUGACUGGCAGAGCAGUUUAUUUGGUUGUUUCGACGAUUUUGGAUUAUGUAUCAUAACAUAUUUUGUGCCAUGUUACACAUUCGGAAAAAAUGCCGAGGCGAUGGGAGACAGUUGUUUAUGUUGUGGAUUGACUUACAUGUUUCCUAUCGUACACUUGGUGGCUGCUGUUUCAAUACGAGGUCGGGUACGACAAGAGAAAGGCAUUGUGGGAGGCACGUGUGGGGACUUUUUAACCGUCUUGUUUUGUCCAUUCUGUGCACUCGUUCAAGAGGCUAUAGAAGUUAGAGGAGAUCGACUGUUAAGUAUGGCGAGGGAAUAGUCUUAAAACAAAGUUAUAAAUAUGUUUUGCGGUUCCUAGCCAUGUGGACCACACCGUAGUACGAACCAAUAUUUUUCUUCCAAAGGAGCCUUGUUUAUUUUAUAUGUGUCAUAAACACAGGAUAACUGUACAUGUUCAAAUCUUCCGUCGUGUGUGUCAGUGAAGAUAAAAUUUAAAGAUACAUACUAGUGCCGACAAUUUUUUACCGGAUGUUUGAAAAAUAACUUGGUUCACACACAUAUAUGUAUAUAUACGUGUAAAAUAUGUUUAUAAUACACUACAUUUUAUAUACAAUGUAAA